GACACCGCCUGGGCUCAAGGCUAUGCAGAAAGCGCCAUAGAUGCCGUCCCACAAUUAGCCGAUAAAGUUGACACUGGCACCGUGCAGGGAAAUCCUCAUGCGACACUGAAAACCGACGAUCCUUUCUAUGCAUCCAUCAUAUUGCAAAAAGGGCCUAUUCGUGUCACGUCCGCGCACGUGUAUCCUGAUGGUACCGUUGUCUUCUCCAAAAGUGCCUACGGCGAAGUGAAGCUUGCACGUGAAAUACUGGUACUGUUAGAAGCAGCAUGCAGCGAUAACUUGGCUUACUAA